AUGCACACAAGACAUGGAGAGGUACCUGUUGGCCAACAAAGGGAGUAUAACUUCCCAUCCAGGAUCCAGGCAUUACUUGGCUCCUGUGUUGAAAUCCCCUGCUCCUUCUCACCAGCUCUUACAGAAUUAGAAAUCCUCGAAGUGGUAUGGCAUGUUAACAACAUUCUACCUAGCAACAGGAUAAUUUACAGUACUCAUACGAAUGAAAUAUCAAAUAUUUACAACAACCGCGCAACACUAGUAGCACAUACAAAGGAAAUGUGCAAUCUCCGUAUACACAAAGUGAAAAGACAAGAUGAAAAUUCAUAUUAUCCAAAUGACAGGAAGAUUCUCUUCUAUAGACAAGUUUCCAAGUACGUCGAGCUAAAAGUCACAGAUGUCCUACCUGAGUCAGUGCUGUCAGUGCCUGGAGAGACGACAGUGGGGGAACCCACCAAAAUCACAUGUUCUACAAAUCAUACAUGUGCCUCAAGUCCACCUAGCUUCACUUGGAAUGUCACUGGUGCACAUGUCACCCAAUAUAACCUAGACCUUGGUGAGGGGGUGACAAAAGCAUUGUCUGAACUAACAUAUCAACCCUCUGCUACAGAUAUUGGGUCAGAAAUUCAGUGUAAAGUUUCAUUCCCUAAUGGCCAAACAAGUGUCAAGACGGCUAAACUCUUCAUUAAACCGAGACCCCUAACGAACAUUUAUAUUGGAACUAUUAUUGGACUCAUCUGCAUUAUUGCACUUUUAGGGAUUGUCCUCUUUAUUUGGAGGAAGAAACAAUGUUUCAGGAAAAGGAAUAUUGAGGGAAGUUUGAAUAGAAAAUUAGAAACAGAGGAAAAUGUCUACUCUAAGAAGUUUGUGAGAUACACGGAUCUUCUAGAGAAUGAAAACACAAAAUAUUAUAUAAUAGAGCCAACAGCUAAUAAUAACAAGCCUGAAACCGGAGGUAGCCAUCUGCAGCCAUCGCAAAAUCAGACCAUAUAUGAAAAUAUGUAAUAUAAUGUAAGUUUUCAUUAAAAAAAUCUGGGCCUUUCUGACUUUCACUUCUCAACAAUUUAUA